ACAUCCCUGAACCUGUGGACCCUCAGAUCUGUCAGGCCAUGUGCGCCAUCAUGAAGCUUUCCUUUGAAGAAGAGUACCGGCGCGCCAUGAACGAACUAGGCGGGCUGCAGGUGGUGGCCGACCUCCUCCACCUGGACCAGGACAUGUACGGCGCGCUGAGCGACCCCAUCAACCUGGCGCUGCGCCGCUACGCCGGCAUGGCCGUCACCAACCUCACCUUCGGAGACGUCGCCAACAAGGUCUCCAUAGCAACCACACAGCAACCACACAGAAACCACACUCCAAUAUAA